UGAAGCAAGAAAAUGUGUAGAACUGUUCAGUGGUGCAAGUAUGGUAACCUCUAAUGACACACUUCCAGUUUGUUUUGGUUAUCGGGCAUCCUUUCUUCUCCUGGAAGUCUGUGUCUCUGGGUCACCUGCCUCUGUGGCAAGCUACCUCACCAGCUGCUUCAAGGCUCCCUCCCCCAGACACUUAAUAGCAUGAGGCUGGCUCCUCGUGCCCAGAUGACCGGCUCCUUCCCAACAAACAAGAGGUGUGAGGUUGACUCCCAACACCUAGACCUCAGGCUUCUUCCCAGCCAGGCUCAGAGUGUGAGUUUGACUCACAGCAUCCAGCCUGGCUCCCUCCUUCACACAGCUUGGAACCAGAAGCUGUUACUCCUGCUGAAGACAAUGGAGAUGGUGUCCAAUAACACAGAUAUAAGCAUAAUGCUUUCAAAACUGCUUGAAGAGUUCCUAGACAAAACAACCAGACCGAAGCCACCACCUGUGACUCCAACUGACCACAUGCAAGCAGUGUAUAUUCUGUUGCUGCUUGGAAUCUUUGGCUUCUUCACCAUAGGAGUGAUGGUUAGCUAUAUUCGCUCCAAAAAGCUUGAACAUAAAAAUGAUCCCUACAACGUGUACAUUGCCACUGAUAGUUGGCAUAAGAAGGACAAGGCCAACCUGCAUGCCAAAGUGGUAGAAAACUACAGAUUGUGUUGUGUGUUUGAAAACCCUCUUGCUGUAGAGCAACCUACCAGUCAUAUUCCUGAAGUGAAGCCUUCAUAGUCAACGGCCAGUUAAUGUGAUUGUAGUUAUGCUGGAUCUUCCACAAGCAUGAAAGGAAGCUCUUGGAAUGCAUUCACAAAAAGCAAAAUGACAUGAAAACAGCAGUCUUUCAGAAGAAUUCCUAGACACAGUGAGAACGAAUUCCAUAGGGAGGGGGUAGCUGGGUUGGUUUGUUGCAGCAAAAGAGACAUCUUGAGCCCACUUUGUCAGCAGAGAUGGACUGACUUUUUAACCUAUUGGAAAGUUCCUGGGGAUCUUGAAGGACCACUGGCAGCCAGCUAAGCCGACGUCCAGGGCUGCUGCUCGAUUAUGAUCCUGUCAGCCUUUGCAGAGCUGCUGGUGCCACAAGGCCACACAGUUCAGCUUGUUCUUGGGCUGCUUUUGGGUUCGAACACAUGCCCUGUGUCAGAUGUAGCCAUAGUGAAAAGGUAGCCAUUUUCAGCAUUUGUAAUCCACUGCAUUUUGGAUAGAAUGCUGUUCUUUCUAGCACGAGUGCCAGACUGUAUGUCUUCAGAGAUUUCUUCAGGCUAUAAUUCAUUCACCUGAGCCUCUCUCACAGGAAUUGGGGGAGAAAUAAAGCCUCCCUGUAGACAAUUUUUUUAAACAUGAAUUAAGCCUUAAUACAUUUCUUAAUAGGGCAGAGAUUAGGGUUUGAUCUCACAUAGGUCAGAUACCUAGCCUGUUGACAAUCAGAUUUGUGAGAGAAGAUGUAAGUUAGUUUAAUGUGAUACUGGUCACAUCAUUUCACCCAGAUUUUUCAUCACUCCAGACUGAUGUACUUGAAAAAUAACCAGGAAGUGCUAUGAGUUGCUGUGCAACUUUAAAGCAAGUUCUAUAAAAGAUAAAUUAAAAGGCUGACAAAUGCAGUCACCCAGGCAAAUCCUGCUAAUAAUAUGACAGGACCAAAACAAACAAAUCAGCAGGUGGCACAGUAGAGCAAAUUAAAAUAUACAGUGAAAUUGUAAUCUAUUUCCUUUCUUAUUUUCAUUAUCUCCUUUUUAAAAUAGCUUACCAUAAAACUCUGCUGAUCUUCAAAUCUUUUUUUCUGACACAUUCCUUUAAUAUCACAGCUCCUCAGUGCUAGUUGGAAAGAUACAUUCCAUUGUCUAAUUCUGGUUAUUCCACAACAUACAAAUUGUACCCAAACCAUGAAAUCUGCUAGAGACUCCUCAGACUUCUUUAGGCACUUCUUUAGACUUCUUUAGGCACAGCAGACAGGUUACUAUAGUAUACAACUGCACUUCCAGGAAGAAAAUUGGUUUCCCUUCACUUUAAUAUUUUCCACUGAAGGUAUUAGUAAUUUCCAGUUAUUAUAUAACUUCAAUGUUAUUUUAAGACUAUGAUUUAUUUAUUUUGAAAGGGAGGAUUGCAACUUUAUUCUAUUUCCUCUAUAGAGGAACUUCUAAUGGCAGGAAACGGUGGGGGAGGGAGUGUAAAAGAGCAUAAUAUGAGGGUUGCCAAAUGAUAAAAAGGCGGGGGGGGGGGGGAAACCUGCCUGAAAUGUAUGUGUGCUUUUCACUGCAGCUUACUUAGCAAAAAUCAGCCUCUGAAGCUUUUCAUGGCAGGCAGAUAAGCAUUAUUAUCUGCAGAUAUCUGUCAAUCACACUCUUGUUUAGCGUUGCCCUCCUUGGAUUUGAGACUGUGAUUGUAUUGUACAAUCGUUAUAACUGUAAUUCUCCUUUAUAGAAUACACUUUUUUUUCAAAAUUAA